AUGUCUCUCCGUCGCUUCGCGCACUUCAAUAAAGGCACCUCGACCCCUGGUUCUCCCUCUGUCUCUUCUGAACACCGAUCUCGAACUAGUAUCGGCACCUCCACCCAAAACUCGUCUUCCAGCGUUGGUAGCCCAAACGGACAUGCCAACACCCCAAGCACACCAUACACGCCGCCACGACGCUCCAAUGUCCAGUACAUAAACUCGCCGUCUGCCACUCCUUCUAUAACACACUCUACACCAUUUGACUGGGAUGCUGCGCGCGCCCGCCGCCCACCUCCAUACGCAACCCCGCGUCGCCCCGGUUCGCAUGGCACGCAAAACGGGAACGAGCCAAAAACACCGCGGAAGAGCGUCGUUAGAAAGAAAGGUUUCGUAGAAAGAAUUCGUGCUGUGCCGUCGCGAAUUGCAUUCGAAAUAGCGCUCUUCCCGCACAACGUGCCACUCCCUGCACCCCGCACCUCGGCUAUUAUCAUCGGUGCCGGCUUGCACGUUAUACACCUCUUCGUCCGAAUAGCACAACUUCAAGCUGCGGUAGAGGCGGAAAUAGGAUGGGAAGAUAUGUAUUGGGAAAAGGACGAUGACAAAGGCUGGUUCGACUGGACCGUUCCGAUGACGGUACUCCUCAUGGCUGCAUCGGCGGUGAACGUCUUUUCCUUGUUUACCAGGCGGCGAACUUAUCAGCUCCACCGACGAACACGGGCCGACGCGGUUCAAUCACCCAGAACGUCGUUUGUUCACGCACCAGAACGCGCCCACUCACCUCCAUCUCCGCAUCGAGCUGGCGGGCAGGGACCUGCUAACACGGUGCUUUACGUUCUGUCGAUCUCAUGGCGAGGCGUCACCGGGUCGAUCAGGUUCCUUCUUGGAAUAGACUCGGCCGGAGCGGCGAGCAAGUCUCUAAACACGCCCCCGGGUCGUGGAGAGGUGCAGCAACUGAACAUAUGGACUCCGGGGGAACUGGAGCGUGUUCUGAUAUGGAUCUACUCACCUGUUCAUGGUCUUCUGUAUAUGGGGGCUGGAUCAGCUGGAAACGGCAACUGGGUCUGGAUCUUCGCGAUUAUGGCGGCUGUGAGUGUGCUUAUUUGGGGGCUCGUGGAAGGAUACGAGGGGGUGGUACGAGACCGAGAGAUCCUUGCUGGAGAAGUGAUGUAUGAAUACAAUGAAGGGUUUGUAUACCCGAGGGUGAAUCCGAUUCGCAGAGAUGUGGCUGUGAUGACGCAUGAAAAUGAGAUGGUGAGCUGGAAGUAGGUAUUUGGAAUAGCGGUGAUCUGGAAGUGGUAUUUGGAAUUGUAGAUAGGUGGGAGCAAGUCGUGGGACGACGUUUUAUGUUGCGUGUGGUUUUGAUGUGGAC